CUCUGGCACUUCGCCCCGAGCUUCCUGAGAGGAAUCCUUGGAUAAACCGUCGGGUCAGUGUCGUUUCACCAGUCGCCAACGAAUGGUUUAAUUUGUCAUUUACUCUUGGAUUACGAUUAACAUAACAAGACCUCGAGUGGAUCAAUUGAUCUGACGUUUGAUGAAUUUUGUGAAACAAUUGUGGUGGUCCAAUUGUGCUCUGUGAGACUGAAUAAGUCAUUAAAAAAAAAAUUAGUGGUUGCGAUGAUCGAGAUGAUUGGGUGAAACACGUGACAAGUGCUGAGUGAAACUGUAACUUUAAUUAUCGAUUGCAAUUAGUGGGUUUGGAACUGAUAUCCAAUAAUUUUCGUCGCAUCGAAAUCGGUGGGAACGAGAUAGGAAGAUAAUAAGUGGAAAUCACUGUCAAUUUGGUUUACACUCAUGACGGUGUCGAGUUGAUUGCAAGUGGAGUUUACAGGAACCAGACAGGAUGGCGACAAAUAUUCAAGUGAUUUUUUUUAUUACUACGCUACUCGUGGUGGGAGCUACAUCUCGGGUUGUUCGUUUAGAUACAUUCAAGAAAGAGGUGAUACUGCAGGAAGGGGAGAAGUUAAUUGUCCGGUGCCCAGCAACUUUUGAAAACGAGGAGGUGACAUGGUUCAAGAAGGACACACAAUUUCGGGGGAUUUCCUCGAGAAUUCGGGUGCUCAAACAGGCCUUGAGAUUUAAAUAUGUGGAUAUGAUGGACCAGGGAAAUUACGGAUGUAGGCUGACGAGUAGUAGCUCGUUAGAGUGGAGAAACAUCACAAUUAAAGUUGAGGGAGCGCAGAAUGAUGGAUAUCAGAGCGAGAGUGCGGGCCUUGACAGCAUCAUGGGAGCGCUCAGACCUGAAGAGGAAACCAAUGAGCUUGAUAUUGGUGCCAGGAACCUACCAGAGGCUCGUUCCCUCCACCUGGAAACAGAUCUUGACAAUGACAAAGGGGAGAAUGAAAAUGCAGGCGAUCACAAUGCAACGGUACCCGAGAGUCCACCAAUAUUCAACAAAUCUGAUGAAUUGCAUACAUCAGUAGUGAAACCAGCUGGGAAUAUGCUGAAACUACGUUGCCCCAGUGUUGGUAAUCCCAGACCCAACAUUACGUGGCUGAAGAAUAACGAAGAACCAACACGAAGUGUAGGUCCCAUUAUCACAUCCAGAUGGACGCUGAGGGUCGAAGAUUUGGUUGUUGAUGAUGGUGGAAACUACACCUGCAUCGUCUGCAAUCAUCUUGGUUGCAUCAACCACACCUUUAAAGUCGACGUCGUAGAGCGCUUUCCACAUAAGCCGUACAUCAACGAGGGCUUUCCGAAGAACGAAACUGUUGUAUUCUACAGCAACGUUACAUUCAGAUGUCCAAUAGUUUCGGAUCUUGAGCCGUUCAUUCAGUGGGUGAAAGUUGAUGAUUAUCCGAAUGAUAAUAGUGCACCACCAAAUGGAUCACUUUUACAGACUGGAGAUGGAGUGGAGAAUCCAGAGACUCUGACACUAUACAAUGUCACGGAGAAAGACGAUGGCUGGUAUACUUGCAUCGCACAGAAUACACUUGGAGAAACGUUUAGCAGUGCAUAUUUAUCUGUCGUUGAGAGUAUUGAACCCCCGCGAGUACCGAUGACAGCUCGACCUCCAGCACUCGCUGUGAACAUUCUCGCAGCUGUUUUAUUCGUACUCUUCGCCAUCGGUGUCGUCGUCGUAAUUUAUGUUUUCCAGCGUUUAAAGCGAGAGAAGAUGAAAAAACUUUUGGCAAUCGAGACUGCAAGGGCUGCGGUAGUCACUCAAUGGACAAAAAAAGUUAUCGUGGAGAAACAGAAUUUAGUGAAUGCACAGAAUGUGCAGGAGUUGUUGCUGAUGCCUGUGGUUAAAAUUGAAAAACAAAAAUCCACGAUGACCACUGAAGAUAGCAAUGGAGGAAGUAUUUCGGAAUAUGAAUUACCGUUGGAUAGUGCCUGGGAGUUGCGAAGGGAACAUCUGAGACUGGGGAAAUCUUUGGGUGAGGGUGCGUUUGGAAAAGUUGUGAUUGCUGAGACUAGAACUGGAAAGCCGGGAAUUCCAAAUGUCGUUGCGGUGAAAAUGUUGAAAGAAGGCCACACAGACGCAGAAAUGAUGGACCUGGUCUCUGAAAUGGAGCUAAUGAAGAUGAUUGGAAAGCAUGGAAACAUAAUAAAUUUCGUUGGUGCAUGUACCCAAGGAGGACCUCUCUACGUCGUCGUCGAAUUCGCAUUACACGGUAAUCUCCGUGAUUUUCUGAGAAAACAUCGGCCGUCAUCGGGUUACGAGCCGACGAUAGGAGAGAUGCCUCCGGAAAAGAAAAUUCUGACGCAAAAGGACCUGGUAUCCUUUGCUUUCCAGGUCGCCAGAGGAAUGGACUAUCUCUCGAGCAAACGAUGUAUACACAGAGACUUGGCUGCGAGAAAUGUUCUCGUUGGGGAGGACUAUGUGCUCAAAAUCGCGGACUUUGGACUGGCUAGGGAUAUCCACUGUCAUGAUUACUACAGAAAAACUACUGAUGGAAGAUUGCCGGUCAAAUGGAUGGCACCGGAAGCACUUUUCGAUCGGGUUUAUACCACUCAGUCCGACGUAUGGUCGUACGGAAUUCUGCUGUGGGAAAUAAUGACUCUUGGCGCUACACCGUACCCAUGCAUAUCUGCGGUUGAGGAAUUACUACAGUGGCUGAAAACGGGCCGUAGAAUGGAGAUUCCACCCUGCUGCUCUCUCAAUAUAUACAUGUUAAUGCGAGACUGUUGGAGUUACUUGCCUGAGGAGAGGCCUGACUUCGAAGCAAUAGUCGAUCGACUCGACAAAAUCCUCGCCCAAACAUCCAAUCAAGAAUACCUGGACCUUGGACUACCGCAGCUGGACACACCGCCAUCCAGUGCGGAAUCCAAUCUACCGGACGACGACGACGAGGAUGGUCAAGAGCAGUUUCCGUACCUGUUGAAAAACUCUAUGUAAAAUAUAGGAUAUGAGAGGAUAAGCGACUGUCGAAACUGCGUGUAUGCAUGAAGGACUCAGAAAAUGAAGAUAAGUGAGGAACAAGUGUGAAUGAUUAUCGACUGGCGCAAAUGAACACGCCAAAUAUUAUGAAUCAGUAUUGACAAGUAGCGCAUAUCUCAGUCUAUUGUUUAGGUAAGAUAAAGUUUAUGAUAAUUCAGGAUGUCAUGGGGGUUUCACUAAUGGUAUGGUAACAUAGAAGGGCGGUAAUAUCGACGUUAAGGUUGUUGCCGUGACAGUCUCUGGUAAAAGUUAAUGUGCUGUAAAAGGCUCAGAUGGAGGAUAUCCAAGUAGUUACGUCAAAUGACAUUUCUUGGUUUUACUUAGAAUGUUCAGUAAACCGUGCAUUCAUCAUUAUUCAUUGAUGCUGAUUUUUUAAUAACGGAUAAGAAAAAUUGUCGUAAAAAUUCUGGAGAACAAUCAUGUAGAUUCAUGACUUACGUCAAGUGAAGGGAAAAUGGUCGGGCGUAUGGUCGAAAUCGGACAACUUUUCUUUUGACAGUAUAUAAUCUCCAUUGACGGAUUACAUUGUAUGGACAGCUAAUACAUAAAUGUAUAUUUUCCAUUGUCACUAUUUGUAAUUAUGUAAAUUUAUUAACUUUUUGCUAUUAUUCCUGGAAAAAAACAGGAUUAAUCGCUUCAAUUUGUUUUUGGUUGUGUCAAAUGAUGCGAUUUCUGACAGAAAAAAAUGUUUAUUUAAAAACCUGUCCAGUGAUUGAAGUAAAAAAAAUUGUAAUUCAUAAUGCUUCAUCUAGCCACGCCGAGUCGGCCAAAUUCAAAAAAUUUCGAACAGAAAGUGAUCAUUUUGUAGGUACUUUUUUAAACUAUUCACCACAAAAAUUCAACCAGAAACUGUCGAGUAGAUAUUUUGUACGAAAACAAUAUUAAGAACUAUGAAGUUAUGGGUCAAGUCGAAUGUGAAAUCGGUAUUAAUAUUCGCUGAGAAUAUUCAAGUAUUUGAAUUUUUUUUAGUUUUCUUGUGUCUGUUCUCCAGUAUAAAUGAUUACAUUUCAGCCCUAUUUAACCCUGAGUAGGCUAUUUCAGAAUGAUUUUAGCAUUUAAACUUCGCAGGUCAGAAGCUAAAUCUCAAUAUUGAAUCGUAAUAGGAAAAAUCCGUAAAAUCUAAACAAAAAGUGAAAAAUCCCUGUUCCUAUAAAUGAAAAUUAAGUAAUGAUUUCAAUGAUUUAUUUGUAAAUAAAUAAUGUUCAAACAAAUUAUAAUUCCGGACAAAAUGUAAAGUGAAUCUCUUUGCAUGUUCAAGAAUUUUGAACAUUUUUUUUCAGAUAAAUAACUUGCUAAAUUUCAACAUUGAAUAUCGAAUCUAUAGUUCGUCUCUAUCAAAUUGUAAAGGUUCUCGGAUAUCCUCGAAAGGGAAGUUUGUGCCUUAAGAGUUUAUAAUAUCGUAUAUGAAUCCGUGUAAAAGUCAACGUUGUCUAUAUUGCACAUAACAAAUUUAAUACAAAACAAUUCAGUGAAAAACCAAGUAGACACAUACACAUUCAACACAAACAAACUCAUCACAACACAGUCAUUCUAAAAAAAAAUCGAAGAGAAUUAGAAUUGGAGAGAAAAAUGUCUCCUUCAAUACGGUCGGGAAUCGAACCCGGAUUCAACACAACGUCACAUGUAAGACGAUAAAUUUGUGUAGCGUUCCACAUCUUGUGACGUCACAGGAAUUUAUUGAAUAGGAUUUUGGAUGAGGCAGGACGGGAGCCGGAAUUAUCCUCGAUAUAAUUUUAUAAGAAAAUUUGACUGGAAAAAUGCAUAGUCCAGACCGGGAUUUCAACCCAGGACCUUCCUAUUAGGCAUCGGGUGCUCUUCGGCUCCUGGCGACUUCUUCAUUUUACAUUUUUUGUAAAUAUUAAACUUUGCCGUCCUUCUUACGACAAUUAUUUUUCAAACGUAAGACGGUAAAUUUAUAUAGCGUUCCACAUCUUGUGACGUCACAGAAAAUUGUUGGAUAGAAUUUUCGAUUAGGACGGGUGUAGGACAGCAACCAGAAUUAUUCUCGACAUAAUUUCAUGAGAAAAUUUUACUGGAAAAAUCGAUAGUUCAGACCCGGAAACACCCGGAUGAUCGCCGGAUUCGAACCCGGAACCUUCCGAUUACCGAAGCAAAAAAAUUUUGAAAUGACUAAAGAUGAAAUUGUAAAAAUAUGAAUUGACGUGUUGUGGUGGUGACUCGACUGUGUGAUUUGUGGACGUGCCACCUUAUUUCGCAGCUUAUUAUAACCGAAAUUCCUACAUUUUUUAUAGAAGAUAUUUUUUUAGUCAUCCACAAAUACGUUAAAAGGUUUUGUGGUGGCUUCCACACAGCCAGUCAGGUAAAAAUUAUGGAAUUUAAUUAUUUUUAUCAACGGCACUUAUGAACAUUAUCAUCUAAACUAUUAGUACGUCCAUUGCAUUUUGUGUAUCCCCUCUGUCACUCCUUUUUAUCGUCUGUUAAUAGUUACUGAUAAGCGUUAGAUUGAAAUUGAUGCAUGAAUGACUCAUAUUGUUUAUUUCCAUUAGAAAGGAAAAUAUUUUACCAGAAUCCAUGGCACAACCCAUGACAUCUUCGAUACCAACUGAUGGAUUUUAAAUUGUAAAUUGUUAAAAAAUGUGCCAUCAACGAAGUGCCUUUUAUCAAUCGAGACAAUAUAAUAAAAUUAUAUUCUCAAAGGCCUUUAGACGAAUUUUUGUAAAAGACGUAAAUGCAUAAUUUUUUUGUAGAAUUUUGGUGUCAAAUAACGGAAUGAUGUUGUGUUUGUAACUAGUCAAUUUUUAUAUUGUUUCACGUCAUCAUUUAUAAGAUGCAACAGAUGUUAAAUUCAGUAGUCAAGUGAUGUAUGUUGUUCAAUCAAUGGAUUUACAAAUGAACGAUUUACAUGUACAUGACAGAAAAUCACUUUUCCUGACAUGUGAAUGUUUUAUACAAUGAAUUGAAUUUAUAAUAAAUUUAUAAAAAUGAUAAAAAUAAUUUUUAUAGACAAAAAAAUAUGGAAGAUUGAAUAUUUCUGUUGCACUUUGUUACUUCACUAUUGAAUUCGUCUUAGGUAACAGGUAUAUACGUAAACAAUACGUUUUUGAUGACUUUUUAUAUUACCCGGUGGAGUAAAUUAUGAAAAAUAAUUUAUGUUUACACUAACGGGAUUAAACAAAUCUGCUCUUAGGAAAAUCCCAAGCACUCAUUCAAUUGUAUAAAUUAUGGUUAAUUCAAGUAACGUAGUAAUUAAAUAAUUUAUUCACUGUAAAUUGUCCAUCGAGAUUAUUAUAAAUCAUGUCUAUUUUACGGUUAUGGAAUAAAAAGAGUGACUCGUGGUUAAUAAAUAUUGUUAAGUUCAGGUGUUAUUGGAAAUUGUAUAAAAUAUUUAAGUUUGGUAAUGAGUUGAUGGCGAUUUAGAUGGAAAUUUGUAUAUAGGGAUUUAUGAGAUAUUUAAACAGUUAUCAGCACUUUAUGUGACAAAGUAUGGUAGACUUUAUAUCAGCAUUUAUGAAGUGGAUAGGGAAGGGGGGGGGGAUGUUUAUUAAUUCGUAGAAUGUGUAAUGUUGUAUCGGAAAUCAUGAGAUUCAAUAAACAUGUGAAUUAUA